AGCAUUGACUACAAAUAGUCACUGGUGAUAGCUUACGUCACGACAUUCUCAAAGUGAGAAUACGAUAAAUACACUUGUCAAAUCAGUGUAUGAUGGCUGGAAUUAAAGGUUAUUCGGCAUAUUUUUGAUCACAUAAAUAUAUAAUUUUUUGCUGCAGAAUCUAGGAAAAUGAUAUUGCCGGUGAAGGUUUAACAAGAAAAUUAGUACUUUUGGCAUUUGCUGGCUCUAUUGGUAUGACAUUUAUCAUACUUGGUUGUGCCUUACCAACACAUAAAGUAUGGUGGACAUUCUUUGUUGUAUUAUUCUAUAUAUUGGCACCAAUUCCAACUAUAAUUGCUCGUCGAUAUACAGAUGAUUAUGGAAAUAAUUCUAAUCCAUGUUUGGAAUUGGCUAUAUUCAUUACUAUGGGUUUUGUUGUAUCAUCCUUUGCGCUUCCAAUUGUCUUAGCAAGAUCACCAGCUAAUGAUCCAGUGAUACAACCAAGUACUUGCUAUUUAACUUUAGCAGGUAAUGUUGUUGUAUAUUUAACUCUAGUUGGAUUUUUUGUAACAUCCGACCAAGAUGACACUGAUUACAAUACAUGCUGAAAUGCUGUACUUUAUUGUACUUAUUUAUUAAUUUUACAUGGUUUUUGCUAAGCAAGGAUGUAAAUCAUAUAAUGCACGGACUGACAGUUGUGAAUUAAUUCUAAGUCAUUACAAAAUUUAUAACAUACUAAUUAUAUAAUAUAAUAUUAUUAUAAGUUGUUCAUAAUACAAUCAGUACUAAUGACACAACAAAUAGUAUUACAGUAAUUAAUAUUUAACUCAAUGAUGAUUUAUUUUGAUAUUGUUUAGCGGUUUAACAAUUUUCCACAUAUAAACUUUCUUACAAAUUUUAUUGGAUACAAUUAGAAGCACAACUAUGCUGAAACAUGUAAAAUUUAAUAUACUACUUUUUAUUAA